UUCACGCGCCUCGGCGGCCCGCACCUCGACAGUGACGCAGCAUGGUCGGAACCGGGAAGUCACGUGACCGCCGUGGCAGCCACGCCCACACCGCAAGUCUGCUGAAAAAGUCGACAGGUGUCGGAAAAAGAAUCUCAUCCGUGACGAGCAGCAUCGCCAAGAUGUCCAAGAAGAUCCAGUUCCAAAAUACCGCGGUGGAAGCGGCGGCAGCGGUGGCGGUGGACGUGUCCAUCAUCCGCAUCCCGCCCCACCACUACAUCCACGUGUUGGACCAGAACACCAACAUCGCCCGCGUGGAGAUCGGGCCGCUCACCUUCAUCCGCCAAGAUCACGAAAGGGUCCUCUUCUCGCCGGUGCGGAUGAUCACGGUGCCGCCGCGCCACUUCUGCGUGAUCGCCAACCCGGUGGCGUGCGACGACGGCGGCCUCGUCCUCUUCGACGGGGCGGGCCAGGCCAAGCUGCGCCACGCCGACCUGGAGAUCCGCCUGUGCCGGGAUCCUUUCCCGCUGUACCCCGGAGAGGAGAUCCAGCAGGUGGUGACGCCGCUGCAGGUGGUCUAUCCCGACACGGCGCUGCGACUGCGGGCGCAGCUGGACUUCCAGGAGGAGGGCGGCAAGAGACGUGUCGCCGGGGACGAGUGGCUCUUCGAGGGACCCGGGACGUACAUCCCCAAGAAGGAAGUGGCGGUCCUGGAGACCAUCAAGGCCACGGUGAUCCGGGUGAACCAAGCCAUCAGACUGCGAGCUCGCAAGGAGGGAGUGGACCGCGGCGGCGUGUACCGCGUCACAGGGGAGGAGUGGCUGGUCAGCAAGGUGGGGGCGUACCUGCCGGACGCACACGAGGAAGUGCUGGACAUCGUCAACGCCUUCAUCCUGACCGACAAGAAAGCGCUGCACGUGCGCGCCCUGCGGGCCUUCAAGGACGCGGGGGACCGCCAGCGGCGUACGGGCGACGAGUGGCUGGUGACCAACGGCGACCACGAGGCGCACAUCCCCUCGGUGGCGGAGGAGGUGGUGGGCGUGGUGGAGGUGACCACGCUGAGCAGCCGCCAGUAUUGCGUCAUCCUGGACCCGGUCGGACCCGACGGCAAACCUCAGCUGGGCCAGAAAAGGGUGGUGAAGGGGGAGCGCUCCUUCUUCCUGCAGCCCGGCGAGCGCCUGGAGCGCGGCAUCCAGGACGUCUACGUGCUGUCCGAGGAGGAAGGUCUGCUCCUGCGCGCCGUCCAGGCCUUCGCCGACACCCAGGAGGACGCCGUCUUGCUUGUUUUACCUCAAAAACGAAAACGUGCUGAUGAGCGCGAGGUGGACGAGGACGAGGAGGAGGACGAGGACCGGAGCAAGCGCCCGCGCCAAAGCGUCGUCCUUCGCCGUCCCGGCGACCGCUGGAUGCUGCGAGGCCCCGUGGAGUACGUGCCCCCCGCCACGGUGGAGGUGGUGAUGCGGCGGCAGGCCAUCCCGCUGGACGAGAAUGAGGGCAUCUACGUGCGGGACAUGAAGACGGGCAAGGUGCGAGCGGUCAUCGGGCAGACGUACAUGCUGAACCAGGACGAGGAGAUGUGGCAGAAGGAACUUCCUCUCAACGUGGAGACGCUGCUGGCGUCCACCCGCGACCCUUUGGCGGACCGCUCGGACCGGGGCAAGAUGGCGGAGGGCAAAGCGAGGACCAAGACGCUGGUGGUGUCCUACAGAGUCCCCCACAAUGCAGCGGUGCAGGUUUACGACUACCGGGAGAAGAGGGCCAGGGUGGUGUUUGGACCGGAGCGCGUGAUGCUGGGUCCUGACGAGCAGUUCACCGUGCUGUCGCUGUCGGGGGACCGACCCAAGCGAGGCAACGUGAUCAAGGCCAUCUGUCUGCUGCUGGGCCCCGACUUCUUCACCGACAUCAUCACCAUCGAGACCGCCGACCACGCCCGCCUGCAGCUGCAGCUCUCCUACAACUGGCACUUUGACGUCAAGCCGCCCGUCGACACCGCCGAAGCCGCCGCGCUGUUCUCCGUGCCCGACUUUGUGGGCGACGCCUGCAAGGCCAUCGCGUCGCGGGUCCGAGGCGCAGUGGCGUCCGUGCAGUUUGACGACUUCCACAAGAACUCCAACCGCAUCAUCUGCUCGGCCGUGUUCGGCUUCGACGAGAAGCUGGCGGUGCGCCCGAGUCUCCGCUUCCCUCAGAACCGCCUGGUCAUCAGCAGCGUGGACAUCCAGUCCGUGGAGCCCGUGGACCAGAGGACACGAGACUCCCUGCAGAAGAGCGUCCAGCUCGCCAUCGAGAUCACCACCAACUCCCAGGAGGCCGCCGCACGUCACGAGGCGGAGCGUCUGGAGCAGGAAGCACGAGGCCGGCUGGAGAGACAGAAGAUCAUGGACCAGGCACAAGCUGAGCGAAGCAGGAAGGAACUUCUAGAGCUGGAGGCUCUCAGCGCGGCCGUGGAGAGCACGGGCGCCGCCAAGGCGGAGGCUCAGUCCCGGGCGGAGGCGGCGCGUAUCCAAGGCGAGGCGGCGGUCCACGAGGCCAAACUGAAGGUGGAGGCUCAGACCAUCGAGGCGGAGGCGGAGCUGCAGCGUUUGGCGAAGGCUCGCCAGCAGGAGCUGGUCUACAGGAAGCAGAUGGACCAGCUGGACGUGGAAAAGCAGGAGCGUCUGUCCAAGAUGGAGAGCGAGCGCUUCAGCCAUCUGGUGGACAGCCUGGGCAGCGACACGCUGAAGGAGAUGGCGAGGGCCGGCCCCGAGCUGCAGGUGAAGUUGCUGCAGGCCCUCGGCCUCAAGUCCACCCUCAUCACGGACGGCGUGUCGCCCAUCAACCUCUUCACCACCGCCAACGGCCUGCUGGGGGCGCUGCCUGCACCUGCCCAGUGACCAGCGUCCGUGUAUCUAGCACACCUAGGAUAGAUGCAUGUAUACAUCUAGAUGACAGGUCCUAUACAUCUACAUGAUGUCAUCUACAUGAUAUGUCCUGUAGAACUAGAUAUGUCCUAUUGAUGUAGAUGACAUCAUCUAGAUCAUAGAUGAUGUCAUCUAGAUGAUAUGUCCUGUAGAACUAGAUAUGUCCUAUUGAUCUAGAUGACAUCAUCUAGAUUCUAGAUGAUAUGUCCUGUAGAACUAGAUAUGUCCUAUUGAUCUAGAUGACAUCAUCUAGAUUCUAGAUGAUAUGUCCUGUAGAACUAGAUAUGUCCUAUUGAUCUAGAUGACAUCAUCUAGAUUCUAGAUGAUAUGUCCUGUAGAACUAGAUAUGUCCUAUUGAUCUAGAUGACAUCAUCUAGAUCCUAGAUGAUGUCAUCUAGAUGAUAUGUCCUGUAGAACUAGAUAUGUCCUAUUGAUGUAGAUGACAUCAUCUAGAUCCUAGAUGAUGUCAUCUAGAUGAUAUGUCCUGUAGAAGUAGAUAUGUCCUAUUGAUGUAGAUAGGUCCUAUUGAUGUAGAUGACAUCAUUUAGAUCCUAGAUGAUGUCAUCUAGAUGAUAUGUCCUGUAGAACUAGAUAUGUCCUAUUGAUCUAGAUGACAUCAUCUAGAUUCUAGAUAUGUCCUAUUGAUGUAGAUGACAUCAUUUAGAUCCUAGAUGAUGUCAUCUAGAUGAUAUGUCCUGUAGAACUAGAUAUGUCCUAUUGAUCUAGAUGACAUCAUCUAGAUUCUAGAUAUGUCCUGUAGAACUAGAUAUGUCCUAUUGAUCUAGAUGACAUCAUCUAGAUUCUAGAUGAUAUGUCCUGUAGAACUAGAUAUGUCCUAUUGAUCUAGAUGACAUCAUCUAGAUUCUAGAUAUGUCCUGUAGAACUAGAUAUGUCCUAUUGAUGUAGAUGACAUCAUCUAGAUCCUAGAUGAUGUCAUCUAGAUGAUAUGUCCUGUAGAACUAGAUAUGUCCUAUUGAUGUAGAUGACAUCAUCUAGAUCCUAGAUGAUGUCAUCUAGAUGAUAUGUCCUGUAGAAGUAGAUAUGUCCUAUUGAUGUAGAUAUGUCCUAUUGAUGUAGAUGACAUCAUCUAGAUCCUAGAUGAUGUCAUCUAGAUGAUAUGUCCUGUAGAACUAGAUAUGUCCUAUUGAUCUAGAUGACAUCAUCUAGAUUCUAGAUGAUAUGUCCUGUAGAACUAGAUAUGUCCUAUUGAUGUAGAUGACAUCAUCUAGAUCCUAGAUGAUGUCAUCUAGAUGAUAAGUCCUGUAGAACUAGAUAUGUCCUAUUGAUCUAGAUGACAUCAUCUAGAUUCUAGAUAUGUCCUGUAGAACUAGAUAUGUCCUAUUGAUGUAGAUGACAUCAUCUAGAUCCUAGAUGAUGUCAUCUAGAUGAUAUGUCCUGUAGAACUAGAUAUGUCCUAUUGAUGUAGAUGACAUCAUCUAGAUCCUAGAUGAUGUCAUCUAGAUGAUAUGUCCUGUAAAAGUAGAUAUGUCCUAUUGAUGUAGAUGACAUCAUCUAGAUCCUAGAUGAUGUCAUCUAGAUCCUAGAUGAUGUCAUCUAGAUGAUAUGUCCUGUAGAAGUAGAUAUGUCCUAUUGAUCUAGAUGACAUCAUCUAGAUCCUAGAUGAUGUCAUCUAGAUGAUAUGUCCUGUAGAAGUAGAUAUGUCCUAUUGAUGUAGAUGACAUCAUGUAGAUGUAGAUGACAUCAUGUAGAUGUAGAUGACAUCAUGUAGAUGUAGAUGACAUCAUGUAGAUGUAGAUGACAUCAUGUAGAUGAUGUUUGGUAUAAUUGUGCUGCUGCAUCUGCUUGAAGGAAUAAAGUGUGUUGAGAAAGCA